AUGGUGAUGUUGUCCAUUAGGCGGAGCAUCUCUACUUCAAGGAGAGCAUCCAUUGUUAGGGAUUUAGUUGACGCUGUUGGAAAUUAUUGCCCGAAAGCUAUAAUCGCUAUAGUUACUAAUCCUGUGAAUUCAUGCGUCCCAGUUGCAGCAGAAAUGCUAAAAAAACGUGGAGUUUAUGAUCCAAAAAAAUUGUUCGGAAUUACUACACUGGAUUUGAUAAGAGCAAGUACAUUCGUGGGAGAACUCAAGGGCAUUGAUCCAAUGAUGAUUCAGGUUCCAGUGAUUUGCGGUCACUCUGGAGAAACCAUCGUUCCUGUUAUGUCCCAAUGCAAACCAAAGAUAAAGUUAACAGACAGUGAAGUGAGUGAUUUGACGAAGCGAAUUCAAAUUGCGGGAACAGAAGUGCUUAAUCUAAAGGCUGGAGCCGGUACUGCGACACUUGCUAUGGCAUUUGCUGGUUCUAGAAUGGUGGAUGCUAUCAUGAGGGGAAUCAAGGGUCAGUCGAACGUUAUAGAGUGUAGUUUCGUUGAAUACAAUUACGACGAGGCACCCUAUUUUUCUACCCCCAUACUUCUGGGACCAAAUGGUAUAGAGAAAAACUUAGGACUUCCUAAACUAAACUGUCGAAAUUGGAAAAGGAACUAUUGA